CUGUACUUUCAAUAGAAAAAAAAAUCCAAAUCGGUUCAGAAGCGGCGCGAAAAAAAACAUACAAGCAAAUCAAGAAUCUCCAUUUGGAAUUUUGAAGUCGGUUAUAAAACGGAACCCUUCAUUUCAUAGACAAGCUUUACUAAGUCGUCUAAAGUGCCCCAGUUACAGCCAAGACGGUGUUAUCUCUGUUAUAAUCUGGCAAUAAAUGCAGCUAAUGUAUAGUUAUAGGUAAUGAUAAUGUCUAGCUAAACAAUGAAACCAAAUAGAAUUAAGAUAAGCUAGUAGUAGACGCUUCUAUGCACAUCUGUUAACUGUGUUAUUAACCUUUUAGGUUAUUAUGGAAAUGAACGAUAGUGAUGUUUAAAAACUCAUUUUAACGAUAAUUACCUAAUUAAAGACAAUUGCAACAAAAAUAUUAUGAUAGAUAUCCAUCCCUCCAGCUAUUGCAGAUAUAUGUUUUUUUUUUCAAUCAGUCGUAGUUUAUGUGUGAAGCGAAUAAGUGCUAUACAAAAUGAAAAAUAUGUACUUUCGACAGUAUGUGGUGGUGUUCGCAAUAAACCUGAACUGCGUCAGCUUCGGUCUGGGCACCAGCUGGCCAUCUCCCGUGUUGGUGAAGCUAGCCAACGACACAGAAUCUGUACUCGGGAAACCUUUAGAGCAAGAUGAAGGAUCUUGGAUUGUUUCCACUUCUUUCCUUACUGGAUCAUUAGGGUAUGUGGUGACAUCUGGUUUGGUGGACGUUAUAGGUCGGAAGCCGUGCGUGAUCCUGUCGAGCGCCACCAGGAUGGCAGCAGCUCUCCUGUUCCUGUUCGCGAGGGACGUGUGGAUGCUCAUACUGGGCAGGGCCAUCGUCGGGCUUUCAGAAGGCAUCAUAUUGAGUGUAGUACCGGUUUACGCCUCGGAAAUCGCCAGCAAAGAAAUCCGUGGAGCUCUCGGAGUGAUGCUGCAGAUAUUUACUUCCAUUGGUUCUGUGAUCACGCUUAGCGUUGGACCCUUCAUCUCAUACUUCAAUUUGAAUCUCAUGUUCAUUCUGUUCACCUUCGUGACCAGCAUACCGACUAUAUUCUUACCUGACAGCCCGAUCUUCUUAUAUUCUAAAGGUAGAGAAGAGGAAUCCAAAAAAGUUCUAAUCUUCUUAAGAGGUUCCGAGCUCAACGCUAAUGAAGAACUAAAGGAAUACUCCACAAACAGAAAUGACGAAAAAUCAAGUCUGAUCACAAUUUUCCGUAAUAAAAUGUUUCAGAAAAGUCUUGGAAAGUCUGGAUUCCUUAUUAUCAUCAUCUACUUGAUUGGAUUCAACUGCGUCAUGACAUAUCUUCAGACGAUUUUGGACAUAACGCAAACAAACAUUAGGUCUGAAGUGGCGUCCGGCAUCAUCGGUGCCAUAAACGUUUUAGCAAGUUUUUCGACUCUGAUGACUACAGAUAGGUUUGGAAGAAAACCCAUUUUGAUAGGGAUGUUGCUUGGAAUGCUCAUGGGAAUGGUCGGUCUAGGGGUAUUCUUUAAGCUGACUGAAAUGGGUGCUGAAGUGUCCGGGAUAUUGAACUAUCUUCCACUCAUAUCUCUGCUUUUAACUGUGUUUUGCUACAGCGCUGGUCUCGGAUCCUUACUCUGGGUUGUAAUAGCGGAACUUUUCGACGAUCGUUCCCGUGGUAUCGGGAUGGCAACCACCCUCCUUAUAGGAAUCGUGCCCUCGUUCCUGACGCUGAGGUACUUCUCGCCUCUGAUAGACAUUUUCGGGCCGGCGCCGGUGUUCUGGGCGUCUGCUAUGUUCUGCGCCGUGCUAGCGAUGUUUGUGGCGCUUAGAUUACCGGAGACGAAAGGGAAGAGUUUUGCAGAGAUACAGCAUGCGUUGGGGAAUAGUUCUGUAGCUAAUCCCCAAACAUUUGAGCUGACGGCGAGGAUAGGAUAGGCGGCUGAACUAUAAUUAGGAUGUAUGCAGGGCCGAAUGAUGCGCCCGCAACCUGUUAUAACAUUUUGUACAACGAAUCGUGAAAAAAUAUGUCAUGUUCUUAAUUAUUACAAAUUUAUUAUUUAUUUUUUAAAAGUUAUUAUUUUUAUUUUUUCAAUUGUACAUCGAAUAAUUUAAAAUUAGGAAACUAUAGGUCUAUAACGAAAUCAAUCCAUAGCUAUUAGCUAAGUUGCUCAUAUGUUUAUUUUAAGACUGUUUGUUUCUCAAUAAAAAAAAAAAAAACUACUUACCAGGUUUAUUUUCCUUAUAUUUAUCAUUUCCUUCCGCCAUGAUAUAGGUAUAUUUGGUUUGAUUAUAUAUAUAUUUCUAGUGGCUAAUUCUAAGAGUAAAUUUAAUGUAGAACACCAAAAGUGAAAGUGUGAAGUGUUGUGGCAAUUAAACAUUUUUAUUUAUG